CAUUGGACCCAUACACGGACUACGAGAUUUCUUCACACAAUUCCGUGCUGAAUCCAAGAAGCUCUGGUACCUCGCUGGACCGGCAAUCUUCACAUCCUUAUGUCAGUACUCUCUAGGCGCCAUUACACUUGUAUUCGCCGGUCAAUCGGCCGGCACUCUCGACCUCGCCGCCGUCUCCGUCGAAAAUUCUGUCAUCGGUGGUUUCGCCUUCGGUAUCAUGUUAGGAAUGGGGAGUGCCUUGGAGACGCUAUGCGGGCAAGCAUUCGGUGGUGGGCAGUUGGACAUGUUGGGGAUCUAUAUGCAGAGAUCUUGGGUGAUCUUGAAUACAGCGGCCAUCCCCUUGAGCUUUCUGUACAUAUUCGCAGAGCCAUUCAUGAAGUUGAUAGGGCAAUCGGAUGAGAUCUCGAAGGCUGUUGGGGUGUUUGCGUUAUGGAUGAUUCCACAACUGUUCGCCUAUGCCAUGAACUUCCCCAUUGCCAAGUUCUUGCAGUCUCAGAGUAAGAUGAUGGUGAUGGCAUUGAUAUCGGGAGUGGCCUUAGUUCUCCACACCUUCUUCAGCUGGCUCUUGAUGCUGAAGCUUGGAUGGGGAUUGGUUGGGGCAGCCAUCGUGCUCAACGCUUCUUGUUGGUUUAUAGUGGUAGCUCAGAUGGUUUACGUCUUCAGUGGGACAUGUGGUCGAGCUUGGUCUGGUUUUUCAUGGAAAGCUUUCCAGAAUCUCUGGGGAUUCGUCAGGCUGUCGGUGGCAUCCGCUGUCAUGCUCUGUCUAGAGGUGUGGUACUAUAUGGCUUUGAUCCUCUUUGCUGGAUAUCUCAAGAACCCAGAAGUUUCUGUGGAUGCCCUAUCCAUAUGUAUGAACAUUUUGGGUUGGGCAGUCAUGCUGGCUGUUGGAUUCAAUGCGGCCAUAAGUGUGAGGGUUUCCAAUGAAUUGGGAGCAGGGCAUCCAAGAACAGCUAAGUUUUCAGUUGCAGUUGUGGUUAUUACUUCAUUCUUCCUAGGCCUUGUCCUCUCACUCAUUCUGAUCAUCACCAGAAAGCAGUUCCCAAUUGCAUUUUCAAGCAAUUCGGAUGUGAGAGAGCUUGUAUCUGAGCUAACCCCAUGGCUCGCCUCAUCCAUUGUCAUCACCAAUGUUCAACCUGUUCUCUCUGGGGUGGCGAUUGGAGCAGGGUGGCAAGCUCUUGUUGCUUAUGUGAACAUUGGGUGCUAUUAUAUAUUUGGGAUCCCAUUGGGCCUCAUAUUGGGCUAUAAGUUCAACCUGGGUGUCAUAGGAAUUUGGGGUGGAAUGCUCUCUGGAACCAUUCUACAAACAUGUGUGCUCUUCUGGUUGAUUUACAGAACCAAUUGGAACAAAGAGGCAUCAAUUGCUGAGGAUAGGAUAAGACAGUGGGGAGGACACAACGAUGAGAAAUCCAAUGACAUAGAGAAGUAAACUCAGAUAAAUAAAGGAGAA